GGCAACAAAGAGCGUAUCAGACACGGUAAGUAAAUUUUGAAAAAUUUCGAGAAAACUGUCUCAACUACUUCUGUAUUCAUGAGGAUGAAUUUUUUUUCUAAUUCACAGUUCCAAGAGGCCAGUAAACAGGCCCAAGCUAACGUGGUUGAUCAAACGAAAAAGGAAAUUGCUAACGUUCUAAGACAAGGUGGAGAAAUGGCUAAGGAAGGAUUGAAGACGGCCGCAAGCGAAACUGGAAAGGCAACCAGUAAUUGGGCUACCGAAAUCAACAAUGCUAAUCCGGCAUUGAAACCUCUUGGCAACAUCGUCAACGCAGGAGGACAGGGCGUCCAAAUUGGUCUGCAGACAGGAGGCACCGGUGUUGACACUGGAGCCAACACUUUUGCUGACAUGCUAGAAGGAAAAAGCCAACAGAAGCCAGCAGAAGAACAACAAGCAGAACCACAAGCAGAAUCACAAGCAGAACCACAAGCAGAAUCACAAGCAGAACCACAAGCAGAAUCACAAGCAGAACCACAAGCUUAAGAGGAUUAUUUGAAGAAACCUAAUACGUCGAUUUUGGAUCGCCAAAUGAAUCAUUAGAAAAACUGACUGCCUGACUUAUGGAAUUCUGAAUCUUGGCGAAAUCGAAAAUUAUAUUAAAUUAUUAACUUUUCAAUAAUGAAAAAAAAAUCACUUAAAUAGUUUACAAGCAACAAAUGUUGUAGCCUUACACACUCGACGUGUUCUGAUAGUACAACAGCGAAGAAACAGAGUUUUGUAUCAUCCAAUGCAUAAACGACUUCAUAAUUGAAUUCUCAAUGAAGAUCUUAACGUACUUUCGUGACUGCUGAGAAAUGUAUCAAUUGUGUACUGGCUUGCAAAAUUGUUCCCAAGUUAU